CGCCCCCAAAGUCUAAUCAGCUGAUUGUCUAGGUUGAUGAUACUUGACAAAAAUAACCGUUUUAAAUCCACAUUAUUUGGUGAAGUAGUUAGUUGUUGAAGUAAUUCUAUGCGCUACAUAAUUAUAAUUAUGAAGAAAAUUAACGAUGAUUAACGAAUUUUGAUCUGCAUUAUGCCGAAGAAGAAAAUACUACUCGUUGCAUCCGUUGCAGGACAAAACUCAAUGUGGUCAUCUCCCUCGCUGGAGGACCCGCUUAAACUACCAGAAGGGGAUGACAACAAUCUCAUAUCGCUGUUCAACAACAAUGAUAGUCGCGCUAAAGACCUGGGUUUCCACUCCAGUGAUAGUGAAUUUAUUUCUUUGGACAGGCUGGAAGAUAGGAAUAGGGGUGCGAUGACCCUGUAUAAUCCAGGAACAUCACAACAAAAUGCCUUAGAAAGUCUGACUGGCCUACCAAUGCAAGCCUUAGCUCAACAGGUGUCAAGGCUACAACCAUCAGGAAGCAAUGGCAUGCAUCAACAAAAUGUGCUGAUCAACAUUCAGCAAUUCCCAUCUGGACCACCUCAACCACAGUAUCAGCCACCACCAAUGUAUCCACCACCACAUCAUUAUCCUCCUCAGCCCAUGCAUCAACCAUACCAAUACCAGCCUCCAAAUCCGAUGUACUAUCCUCCAGCACCCCAUGGUUAUCCACCACAUCCUCAACCACCUCCUCCACAUAUGGGACCCCCGCCACCCCCACAGCAGAUGCAACAUCAGCAGCCGCCCCCAAUGGGAGGUCAACAGCCUCCUCAUCAACAACAUCAACCGCAACAGCCUAUGCCACUACCAGCCCCUCCAGUUUCUCAACACCAGCAGACUCAGCAACAAGGGCCACAACAGCAGUACAGACCUCCACAACCUCAGGCCGCCGGACCUGGGAUGGGUGGUCCCAGGCCGCAGGGACAACAGCCGGGACAGCCUAGGCCGCCGCAAAUGGGACAGAGGAUGCCCAACGCCAGGCCCAUGGGUCCGAGACAACCGAUGCCUCGACAGCGAGCCCCGAUGAGCGUCCGACCGCGCAUGGGCGCUCCGGGGGCACCAGGGGGCAUGGUACGUCCGGGGGCGGGUAUGCGGCCCCGAGGACCCGCUCCAGCCAACGGAAUCCGUCCUACCGGACAAUCGCCUGUCAAGCGCCCCCCUCAGGCCAACAAUCAAGCGGAAAUGCAGACGAAGAAGAAAAGGUUCGAUCUGCUGACGCCCGAUAAGGACGACGAAGACUGCCAGGUGAUCUGCAUGCAACCGAAGAAUACUGACGGCGGUUUGCCACAGAUUGAAAGUGUGCAGGGUGGUACCGAGCAAGCGGAAAGCAGCAUAAUGCACCUGUCCGACUCCAUAACGCUGAGCGUUCGCAACCCGCCUCCUAAACCAGUCGUUCAAGAACCGAAAAAGUCUGAUGCGAAAGCGGUGGCCAACAUCCUGGCCACCAGGGGCAUUACUGUGACGGCGUCGGCCAAACCGAAGGAGAAACCGCCCGAAACUGCUGGAGGCGGACAGAAGCAGCAGUUACCCGCAUCGCUGAAUCUCAACGGAGCUGUCAGCAUUAUUCCAGCGGCUAAUAAGGCCAACGGGCAUCCUAAGCCCCAAUCCGAAUCUCUUCCGACCGUAGACUUGACAGAUGACAGCAGCCCGGCGGCGCCGGCGCCCCAGCAACCUUCACCAAAUUCUCCCCAGAAGCAGCGUGCAGGCCUUCCCUAUCGUUGCGACUUGUGCCCUGCCACUUACCCCAAUGCACUGGGGCUGAGCAAACAUCGGCAGACCUACCAUAAAACCACCGGCGGUAUGUGUGAAUUGGGCAUUCCACUGAUCAACCUGAAGCAGCCUGGAGUUGUGCAGAAACUUUCCUCGCUCGGUAUUAACAGCUUCAUACCGAUGCCGUCGUCUGGACCGGAAGGUACUUUUGCUCUGCCUGUGAUCAACACGAGGAACGCAGGAAACGUAGCGGCGAUAGGUGCUACGAGCAUGUUAACUCUUGGCCCAGUUAGAACCAUACGGCCGCAGAUGGCGAAUGGAUCGAAGCCACCUGCAAAUGCACAAAAGUCCCAAUAAUUGAUAGACUAAAGCUGCAUACCCAUUUAGAUCAUACAGGUGUUCGAGGUGCUACAACAUAAAAGUCAUGUCUGAACGGCAGUAUUACGCAUUUUUUUCUACAGUAUUGUGCUUGUGGCAAAAAGCCCUAUUUUUACGUUUUGUUUCACAUUGCCUAAGUGGGUAGUUUAGCUGAUAAAGCGCUACCAAUCACUAUAAAAUUGCUUUAUUUUUUCGGAACAGCUAAACGAGCAGUGUUUAUGGACCGGCGAUAUUGCUUGGAGGAUAUAUUGCUGCUUCUCAAGAAUAGUGACACUAUUCAGAAAAAGCUUUUUUUCAGGAGAGGCAUUUUUAAUAUUUUUUGAAGAAAAAUUUCGAAUAACUGAAGGUAAAGUUGAUAAUCUGGAUUAUUAUAAAAAUUAUCAAUUUAAUGCGGUUUAUUGAACUUUAAAAAAAUAUUCCAUUUUAUUAAUUUUUUGCAACUUUACAGAAAUGUGUCCUAAAAAAAUGCAUUUCUAAAAAAUAUAUGACAAAUAAUCGUGGUUAAGGAACAAUGAGGGUAAAUUUAUUUUAGUAUUACUCCCAAUGAUACACAAUUAACAACAUUUUAAACGCUACGUGGAACUAAAAAUCAAAGGUAAGUACGGAAAAAAAAAUACAAUACAAAAAUUCGUUACAAAUUACUAUAUAUAUAUACUAUUAUAUUUUUUUCCACUAAAUUGAGUAAGGCGUGUCUUUUUCUUGGAAAUGGGAAUCUUACGUUUGUAUGCUUUAUUCAGAGUAACUCUAGGACCUCAUUUUAUUGCUUCGUUUUUGUAUGAGUUUUUGUAGAAAAAUGUCACAGAAUGUUAAGAUUCUACCCUUAUUAUUCUAACGUCGGAUAUUUUGAAUGACUCAUUUUUAUGUUGUAGAAAGAUAGUCACAAUGCACUUUAUGUCACUAUUCUUGAUUAACACGAUCUGUUAUUAGCGUACGUUUCUCUGAUAUGAGGUUAUUAUUGAGAAAAUUGUAAGUAUAUGCUUUGGAAGUCAAGCCGCAACUGCAAUAUGACAUUAUUCAUCACAGAACCCCAAAACAUUCGAUAUUAACGAUUCGAUAUUCCUCAUAAAAUAGUCAACAUUUGUAGUGGAUCUGCGAUUUUGAUUAUUUUUUCUUGUUUUUUUGGAUGGUGUCACUAUUCUCGAGAAGCAGCUAUAUAUCUCGGUUAUAUCAGCUGUAUUUUAGCUAUAUCUUGGCAAUAUUAUAUGUAAUUAGUGGACACAACGUGUCUGAAUUUUUUCAUCAGAAGAACUACAAAAUCAGGCGAGAAUGACUGAGGAAAUUGUACAUUUAGUAGGAUUUCAAUAGUUCGGCAAUCUGACGACAGCAAUAUAUGAAAGUAUUUCAGAAAUGUCAAGAACAUAUAGCAAUAUAGCUGGACCAACAAAUUCGAAUAUAUUAGGAGUCAAAUGCAUUGUUUGUCGCGAAAAUUUCGUAUUUUUAGGUCAUACUUUUUGACUCUUGUCUACCAAUGCCUACCAAAGUAACAGCGUUGCAUUAAUAUAAUACUUACUGGUGGAAAUAUCUACCUUCAGUAAGCUUGUGUAAGAAGCACCAUGUCCUCAAACACCACAAUUAUUUGCAAAUUGAAAAUUAACUCUAAAUAUAUGAAUUUAAUGACAACUGUAAAAAAUAGAGUAAUGUCAAGUGCACGUUGAUCCUCAGCACAGACUGUGAAUUAGUCUAAAUUCGUUCUGCCGGAGAGUAAAAAUAUAGCCCGUUCAGAAGCGCCAUUUCUGACAGAAGUAACAAUAUUUAAUUUACAUGUAUAUUUUACAACAUUUUAACGAAAAACAUAAUAAAUUUACUGACAGAAAGACUUUGUAUAGUUGAGUUUAUGUGUAGUAUCUGUAUAGUGACUGUAGUGGUCUAUUUAUAUGUACAGAUAUAUAUUCUUAUGGAUUGCAAAGCUGUGUUCUGUGAAUAUGCAUUAUUUGUAUAUAGUUAUUUAGUAUUCAUAAAUUGAAUGUAUUUGGCUGUUAAUUUAUCAAAGAUAUAAUACACAAGAAACUACUAUAGUUCAUAUAAUUUUUUAGAGUUAUCAAUAUGUUGUAUUCUUAGCAUAUAUUAUGCUUGAGGCACAUUGUAAAUAUUUUUUAUACUGAAAAACGAUUUUUAUUUUGAACAUAGCCCAGUUUAUAGAGACUGAUUAAGUUAUUAUAUGUUAGAUGUGCAAUUAUUAUAUAAAAUAGUAAUGCAUAUGUUUCACUUGCAUAUUACUAGAUAAGAAUAUGUUGUAACAUUUAUGAAAAUAAAGAUUCCUUUUGUAUAC